UGGCCUGUGUUUCCUUAAGUUGAGUUCUCUUGGUCUCUGCAGUGUUACCACGAAAUGAAAGGCAGAACAUCUUCCUGUAAAGACAAAACCACAAACAUGCUUCCCUUUAAAUGAUGCCUAAUUACAACAUCUUUCACAUAACUCAAGAUGAAAUGUGAAUUUGAUGGAACUCUGCUGAAGAGUGUGCUCCCUCCACUGCUGGUGACAGAGUUUGUAUUUGGAGUUCUUGGCAAUGGUUUGGCUCUGUGGAUCUUCUGCUUCCACCUGAAGCCCUGGAAGAGCAGCACAGUGUUACUCUUCAACCUGGCAAUGGCUGAUUUUCUGCUCAACAUGGCUUUACCUUUCCGAACCAGCUACUACAUCUCUGAGCUCAACUGGAUUUUUGGAGAUAUAUUCUGCAACAUCUGCCUCUUCAUGUUGGCAAUGAAUCGCAGUGGAAGUGCCUUCUUCUUGAUGGCUAUCGCUGUGGACAGGUACAUGCGUGUGGUGCAUCCCCAUCAUCCCAUCAACUCUUUGAGUGUCUCGAAAGCCAUGCUUGGAGCAUUUGCAAUAUGGUUACUCACCAUUUCAAUGAACGCUCAUAUCUUCACUUUGGAACAUGGCAACAUGACCAAAAAAUACUGUGAAAGCUUCAUGGUUGAUACUCAUCAUCAGCGUAAUUUGAUUUGGCAUAAGUCUGAGUUUGUCUUGUCCUUCUACGUGCCUCUGUGUGUGAUCCUCUACUGCACUGUCCACAUUAUCAGCCACCUGAGAGGGAGACAGCUCGCUCAGGACGCAAAGAUCAAGAAGGCUCUGUGCGUCAUCACAGUGGUGGUGGUGCUCUUCAUCAUUUGCUUUCUCCCGAGCAACAUCACACAGCUGCUGAUUUGGAUCAAGACCCGACAGUUAGCCAGCACCCUCAACAAAUCUGAAGUCUGUUCUGCCUUGGAGAACCUGACCAUCGUAUUCUACAUCACCAUUAGCCUGACCUAUCUCAACAGCAUGUUGGAUCCUGUGGUCUAUUACUUCUCCAGCCCUGUCUUCAAGAACAUCUGCCGGAAAGCUCUUCAUCUGCCCCAAGCAGACCCUACUGAGAGUACAGAGAAGAAAACUCGAGAAACAGGAUCCCAGACGCUCAGCCAGCUGUGAUCACAAAACCAAAAUUAAGGAAAGAUUUUAUCAUAUGAGUGCUUCAGCCAACAAGAUAUUAUUUUUUGCCUGUCUUACAAUUAUCAAGUAUAUAUUGCACUGCACUUUUAAAAAAUGUUGAUUGCCUGUGUAGAACAUAUGCUCGUGUAAGGCUGUUAAAUGAUUUAUGUCAAAGAGAGACUACUUUUGUUGAAUUAUUUGAUUAUGGGAUAACUGUAAAUUAUUGAGCAUAGUGUAAUUGUAGCAAAAGAGGAGAGAAGUCAUAAAGUCAACAAACUGGCUCAGUCUGUUACAGAACAAUAUCUGGUUACAUUAACUCAGACUGAACAAACAUAAGCUACUGGUCACAGCAGACUGAGCAAAAACCCUGAAUGUAUUGAACUGAAGAAGUUAUCAUCUCACGUGUGAAAGGAAGAAUGUGUUAUCUCGUCUAAAAAUUACACAGUCUUUAAAAGCUCUUAUUUUUUUUAUCUCUUUUUUAUUCCUAUAUAUAUUGACUGGACUUUCCUGAAUAUUUUUUCACAAAAUACAUGCUAUUGUAAAGAUGUGAGCUAUGAGCAUAAUAAUUCCAUGUUUUAAUGAUGAAACAUGAUAAUAAUUUGUGAGGUUUAAAAAAUGCUCUCCAAAUGUCCUCCCUGCUGGAACAAACAAUAAAGAUGUUUAUCCUCAUC